GAAACACAAAACUUACCAUUUGGUUUCCCAACCUGGUGGAAAUGGGGGAAGAGAACUGCACUGCUGUGACGGAGUUCAUUCUCCUCGGGUUAUCAGAUGCCCCUGAGCUGAGGGUCUUUCUGUUCAUGGUGUUCCUUCUGAUCUAUGGAAUUACUGUUCUGGGCAACCUGGGCAUGAUCACACUGAUUCAGGUCAGCCCUCGACUUCACACUCCUAUGUACUUUUUCCUCAGCCACCUGUCCUUGGUGGAUUUCUGUUACUCCACAACCAUUGUGCCAAAGAUGCUAGCUAAUAUCUUAAACAAAGACAAAGCCAUCUCCUUUUUGGGAUGCAUGGUCCAGUUUUAUUUAUUUUGUGCCUAUGGAAUCAUUGAGGUCUUUCUGCUGGCUGUGAUGGCCUAUGACCGCUUUGUGGCCAUCUGUAGCCCACUGCUGUACAUGGUCACCAUGUCCCAGAAUCUCUGUGUGGAGCUGGUGUCUUGUUGCUAUCUAGGUGGGACUGUGUGUUCUCUGAUUCACUUGUGUUUAGCUCUUGAGAUUCCAACCUACAGAUCAAAUGUGAUAAACCACUUCUUUUGUGAUCUGCCCCCUCUCUUAUCUCUUGCUUGCUCUGAUGUCACUGUAAAUGAACUGUUUCUGUACAUUGUGGCCUCCUUCAAUGAGAUCCUCACCAUUGUGAUCAUCCUCACCUCCUACUUGUUUAUUCUCAUCACCAUCCUGAGGAUGCGCUCUGCAGAGGGAAGGCACAAAGCCUUCUCCACCUGUGCCUCCCACCUCACAGCCAUUGUUGUCUUCCAUGGGACAAUCCUUUUCACUUAUUUCCAGCCCAGUUCUGGCAACAAUGAGGAUGUUGACAAGGUGGCCACAGUAUUUUAUACUGUAGUGAUUCCCAUGCUGAACCCCCUGAUCUACAGUCUAAGGAACAAAGAUGUGAAAGAAGCUCUCAGAAGAGUGGUGUGCUCCAAAAUGUUUUCCUAGAGAGUAUUUUCUUGGCAUGACACGGGGUCCCAUAGUGGAGGCUGGUAGAGGGCUGAACGGUGGGCUGCCAUGUUGGUGUGGACAGCACAUACAGAGUGUAGGUGUGUCUGAGUGAGUCUUUUAGAUUCACUUUUCUUUGUGCCUCUGCAGUUGAUCAAUGUAAGGUUGAACAUAUUUCAAAAUUCACAGCCUAUCUUUGCUUUUAUUCAAUCUCAAAUGUUUUAAAUGUGCCUGGGAAGUGAAUUGCUAAGACAUACAUUAACUUUGUUGAAAACAUUCAUAAGGUUAAUAAAGAAAGUUGAGAAUCAUAUUUUCUUAUCUUUUAUGGAAACUAUGGUUUAUUUCAAAAUUGAAUUCCUCUUAUUUUAUGAUGAAGAAUGCAUCUUUGCCAGUUUAUACACAGAAUGUAAUUCCCAUAUGUGUAUAUAUUCUGUUUGCUGUUGAUUUCUUGCUUCACUUAUUAUGUUUAUGUUGUUGUCAUUCAAGUGUCUAAUGAUUUUGGAACUGUGGAGACUAACAUGUAAAAUAUAACAUAUUUAAUAUAUGUCAUUUUAAAUGUAUAACUACAUUUAAUAACCAUUGUUAUCGCUGUCAAUAUUUACAACUAUCUACAAAUAUUAUAAAUAGUUACAAUAUAUACAAUACUGAUCAUUUUUAUCAUGUUAUAUUUUCUUUUCAUUGUGCUUAUUUUACAACUUGUGGGUCAAAUGCUUGC